CACAACACAUCACAUACACAUCACACACACACAAACACACCACAACAGGAAAACGAGCACAAACACACAGACAAAGGAGAACAGCAUCAUGUUUGUUACACAUGUGUUUUAUGAAAUUAAAAGUUUCAGUUUAGGGUUAGACUUAACUUAAAGUCGUUUCACAGCUUCAGAUGUUAAAAAACAAAACAAGCAUUCAUAUUAUUAUUAUCAUCACUGUUGUUGUUGUUGUUGUCAGUAUUUUCAUUGUUAUUAUCAGUAGUAUCAGAAGUGAUGUAGUUCAGGUGGUUCAAGGCAGUAUGGAGAGUGAUGGAUAUGGCGUCAUCUGUGGAUCUCUUCGGCCUGAAUGCAAACUGGUGGUGGUCCAGGGAUGGGGGGAGCCUGGCUUGUAUGUGUUUGAACACCAGUUUGUCAAAACACUUCAUUAUGAGAUGGCUGAGGGCCUCAGUGUCUCCCAGUGUCUCUCAGUGUCUCCUAGUGUCCCUCAGUGUCCCCCAGUGUCUCCCAGUGCCUCUCAUGUCUCACAGUGUCUCCGAGUGUCGGACGACAAUGAACAGUGUUACCACCGCUGUCCGUUCCUGGACAUAGACACAUCCCAGGGCAGAGGGAAGGUGUGGUCUAACAUCAGAAGAACCUGUUUCUCCAUUGUAGAACACAACUACUUUGAGACCUUCAUCAUCUUUAUGAUUCUGAUGAGCAGUGGAGCUCUGGCGUUUGAGGACAUCUACCUGGAGCAGCGUCGGGUUAUAAAGAUGGUUCUGGAGUAUGCAGACCAGGUGUUCACCUACGUGUUCGUGGUGGAGAUGGUUCUCAAGUGGGUCGCCUAUGGAUUCAAGACCUACUUCACCAACGCCUGGUGCUGGCUGGACUUCCUUAUUGUGGACGUGUCUCUGGUGUCUCUGACAGCAAACGUCCUUGGAUACUCUGAGCUGGGAGCCAUCAAGUCUCUGAGGACACUGAGAGCUCUGAGGCCCCUGAGGGCCCUGUCGCGCUUUGAGGGCAUGAGGGUGGUGGUGAACGCCCUGGUCGGAGCGAUCCCAUCCAUCUUCAACGUGCUGCUCGUGUGUCUGAUCUUCUGGCUGAUCUUCAGCAUCAUGGGCGUCAAUCUGUUCGCAGGAAAGUUUUAUUACUGUUUCAAUGAGACGUCCCAGGAAGUGUUUUCCCCCGAGGGUGUCAACAACAGGACAGAGUGUCUCGCGCUGAUUGCAGACAACUCCACCGAGGUCCGCUGGAAGAACUUAAAGGUCAACUACGACAACGUUGGGAUGGGCUACCUGUCGCUGCUGCAGGUGGCCACGUUUAAAGGAUGGAUGGACAUCAUGUACGCUGCCGUGGACUCCAGAGACGUGGAGUCCCAGCCGAUGUACGAGGACAACUUGUACAUGUACCUUUACUUUGUCAUCUUCAUCAUCUUCGGCUCCUUCUUCACUCUCAACCUCUUCAUCGGAGUCAUCAUCGACAACUUCAACCAGCAGAAAGCAAAGUUGGGAGGAAAAGAUAUUUUCAUGACGGAGGAGCAGAAGAAAUAUUACAACGCCAUGAAGAAACUGGGCUCAAAGAAACCUCAGAAACCUGUUCCCCGCCCUGAGAAUAAGUUCCAGGGUCUGGUCUUUGACCUGGUCACCACACAGUUCUUCGACAUCUUCAUCAUGGUGUUGAUCUGUCUCAACAUGGUGACCAUGAUGGUGGAGACGGAUGAGCAGAGCCAGGAGAAAGAAAUCAUUCUCUAUUGGGUCAACCUUGUCUUCAUCAUCAUCUUCACCUCAGAGUGCGUUCUCAAGUUGACUGCACUCAGGCAGCACUACUUCGCUGUCGGCUGGAACAUCUUUGACUUUGUGGUUGUCAUCCUGUCCAUCGUAGGCCUUCUCCUUGCUGACAUCAUAGAGAAGUAUUUCGUCUCGCCCACACUCUUCCGUGUAAUCCGAUUGGCUCGUAUCGGUCGAGUCCUUCGUCUCAUUCGUGGAGCAAAGGGGAUCCGGACGCUGCUGUUCGCCCUGAUGAUGUCACUUCCUGCCCUCUUUAACAUUGGCCUCCUCCUCUUCCUCAUCAUGUUUAUCUUCUCCAUCUUCGGCAUGUCGAACUUUGCGUACGUGAGGAAGGAGGCCAUGAUCGAUGACAUGUUUAACUUUGAGACGUUUGGGAACAGCAUGAUCUGCUUGUUUAUGAUUACCACGUCAGCCGGAUGGGACGGUCUGCUGAAUCCCAUCAUGAACACGCCGCCGGACUGUGACCCUGACUUAGAAAACCCUGGAUCGCUGGUCAGAGGGGACUGCGGCAGCCCGGGCAUCGGCAUCAUCUUCUUCACCACCUACAUCAUCAUGUCCUUCCUGGUGGUGGUCAACAUGUACAUCGCCAUCAUCCUGGAGAACUUCAAUGUGGCGACGGAGGAGAGCGCUGACCCGCUGUGCGAGGAUGACUUUGAGAUGUUUUAUGAAACCUGGGAGAAGUUUGACCCCGACGCCUCCCAGUUCAUCCAAUACAGUAAGCUGUCUGAAUUCUGCGACACUCUGAAGGAUCCUCUGAGGAUCCCCAAACCCAACACCAUCCGACUGAUCCACAUGGAUCUACCUCUGGUUCCUGGAGACAAAAUCCACUGUCUGGACAUCCUGCUGGCGCUCACGGCACAGGUUUUAGGUGAUUCAGGAGAGAUGGACACUCUGAAGGCCAGCAUGGAGGAGAAGUUCAUGGCCAACAACCCCUCCAAGGUGUCAUAUGAACCAAUCAGCAGCACUCUGCGGAGGAAACAGGAAGAAGUGGCGGCAACAGUGAUCCAGAGAGCGUACAGGAAACACCUUCUGCAGCGGACAGUCAAACUGGCAUCCUAUAAAUACAGAGAGAAGGAGGGGCAGCGAGAUGUCUCGCCGCCCGAGACAGGAGGACUUCUCUGUAAACGAAUCAGUCAGCUGUACGGAGACAGCCAGGAGACAGAUGAGCCUGUCUCAGGUGUCUCGGGUGAGGUACGUCCCUCCCGGGUGGAGCUUCAGAGUGAGUUUCUCCUCCAUGCUGCUCCUCCCUUAAACACCUCUGAGUCUGUACAAAAUGAGAACCUGAGGGAGUCAGUGGUGUGAUGACAGUUAUGUUUGUGCUCUACACUGUCGGAACUCACCUGUCGGAGGAGCGUUGGACGAACCUGGCUGUAAAGACUCAGUGAUUCGUCACAGCAGACGGCAAGCCUGAACCAUCGAUGACUCAACAUGCUCUUAUUCUGAAAAUCUAUGUCUCAUUUCCUGUGGGAUGAAUUCAGUUCAGACACUCUGUACACUCGUACUUCAGUUAUGAUGAUGUCAUCAGUGACCUGUGAUGACCUCAGACCAGGUGACUCUUACCUGUUGCAAGUGUUUAUCAGUCAGGCUGAAGGUUUUAGAUGACCAAUCACGUGACGUUAUUCAGUCUGACAGUUUGAUACCAACCUGCUCAACUCUUUAAUCAGUCACAGACGAGACUCCGCCCACUUCUGACCACACACACACACACACACACACACACACACAUCAUUCAGAGGAGCAUCAGUGAUGACUGACAGAGCAGACAGCCAAUCAGAAGGCAGAGAGUCAACAGAUGAGCCACGCCUGGUUAAAAACGACAUUUGAAUCUGAUGAGACAAACAGUUUUUUUGGUUGUUCAGUUUGAUCACAUGACUGACAGUGAUGUGAUCAGUAACCAUGGUGACGGAUGCAGCUUGUCAUUCAUCAGAUUCUGUAUUUUAUUUUCUUUAAUAAUUAAAGUCGAGUCCUCAGACCUGUCUGUCCUCAGACCCUCAGACCUGUCUGUCCUCAGACCCUCAGACCUGGCUGUCCUCAGACCCUCAGACCUGUAUGUCCUCAGACCUGUCUGUCCUCAGACCCUCAGACCUGUCUGUCCUCAGACCUGUCUGUCCUCAGACCCUCAGACCUGUCUGUCCUCAGACCCUCAGACCUAUCUGUCCUCAGACCUGUCUGUCCUCAGACC